AUGAUUGGGAGUAUUGACUGCAUGCACUGGGAGUGGAAAAAUUGUCCUAAAGCAUGGGAAGGUCAAUUUACUAGGGGGGAUAAGGGAACCACCACAGUUAUUCUUGAAGCAGUUGCAUCUCAUGAUCUAUGGAUCUGGCAUGCCUUUUUUGGAUGUCCGGGAACGUUGAACGACAUAAACGUUCUAGACCGUUCACCUGUUUUUGAUGACGUGGAACAGGGAAAGACUCCAAGUGUGAAUUUCUAUGUGAAUCAACGUCCCUAUGAUAUGACAUACUAUCUAGCCGAUGGUAUCUACCCUUCUUAUCCAACUUUCGUCAAAUCUAUUAGACUUCCUCAAAGUGAACCCGAUAAGUUAUUUGCAAAAUAUCAGGAGGGAUGUCGGAAGGACAUCGAACGUGCAUUUGGAGUGCUUCAAGCUCGAUUUAAAAUCAUCCGUGAACCAGCUCGCUUGUGGGACAUAGCCGAUCUGAGUAUCAUCAUGAGGUCUUGCAUCAUAUUACAUAAUAUGAUUGUUGAGGAUGAACGAGAUUCAUAUGCUCAACGUUGGACCGAUUUUGAGCAGUCUGAGGAAAGUGGAUCUAGUGCACCGCGACCAUAUUCAACCGAGGUAUUACCCGCUUUUGCAAAUCAUGUGCGUGCUAGAUCUGAGUUCCGUGAUCAAAAAGCUCAUCACGAAUUGCAAGCAGAUCUAGUGAAGCACAUAUGGACAAAAUUUGGAAUGUUUCAGGAUUAAAGAUGAUUUGUUUCGUAUUUGUGUGUUGUUUCGUAUUUUAAGUUAAUUUGCAUCGUA